AUGGCCCGUCAAAACUUUUUAGGCUUGGUCGUCUCCCAAGGGAAGAUGCAAAAGACGGUUAAGGUACGUGUGGAGACAAAAGUAUUUAAUAAGAAAAUCAAUAAGGAAUUGUUCCAUAGAAGGGACUAUUUGGUGCACGAUGAAGGCGAGAUAUCAAGGGAAGGUGAUCUGGUAAGAAUAGAAGCGACAAGACCGCUUUCAAAAAGGAAGUUCUUUGCCAUUGCUGAGAUCAUUAGAAAUAAAGGUCAACAAUUUGCCUUGUACGAAUCUGAAGCUCAAUUAAGUGUCGCUAAGGAGGAAGCCCAAAGGGCAAAAGAGUUCUUGGACAAAAGAUCAGAAAGAGAAAGAAAAUUAAAUGAAAAGACGACCCUACUACAUGAUAUUAGAAUUAUCCAAGAAGCAUUGUCUAAGGGAUCAACGCCGAAAGAGUUAUCGGAAAUUAAACAAAGAUAUGGUAUCCAGGAUUUUUCGCGGGAAACGGUGAGACAACUUUUGCAACUAAAUAUAUCUGAACUAGAGGUCAAUCUAGAGAAACAGCGAGAUGUAAUUGAUUCUAUUCAAACUCGAACAUCGGAGUUAUUAUUGGAUGAUACGAAGUGUAAUCAGUUCCUAAAAGAACACGGCGUUGAAGAUCCUUUGUGUUUGAAGAGAAACAUUAAGAAGAAUCUGAUGAGAAAAUAUGUAAUGAUGGACCUCCAGCAACCAAUGCAAUAA